CCCCUUCCCCCCCAUCCCCCCGCAGGUGAUGAGCUCCCCGUCCAGCAGCCCCAUGCCCGGCGCUGCCCAUACAGGCUGUCAGGGCGCCGACCCGCGCUCUCCGACGCCCGGCAUCUCCCGCACGCCCAUGAAGGACACGCCGAGCGACAGCGUGGAGUGCCUGGUCAGGCAGCUCGGAGAGGCCUUCGCCAUCGACGCCGCCACCCCGGAGCCGCCGCCACCCGCAGCAGCGCGAGUGCUGGAGGAGCCGGCCCAGCGGGGAGCCGUGGAGCUGCAGCCCGAGAAGGGCCCUGAGACCAGCUGUGAGGCCGCCGCACGGCCACACCGCUGUGCAGGGCCCGGCCUGGCCCCGGGGAGCAAACACGUAAGACGCAAGGCCAACAACAAGAUCUUGGCAACAUCUGGUGGAACAGUCCGUUCUCCCUUCAGUAUCCUGCAAGAUGAUAAUUCCCCCAGUGCUCCUGUCCAACGCCAGGCUAAGAAGCUCAUACUGGUGGAGAACGCUGGGGAGAAGGAAGUGGCAGCGGAUCUGAGCAGGAACCUCAAGGCUGGGAACUGUGCUUGGAGUGACAUGAACAAAGAAAACCAGCAGUGUUCUUUUGUGGAGAAUUAGAGCUUUCUUUUGCAAAGAUCUUGCUUUAAAACUCUUCUUCUGAGAGAGCCCUCUAGGAAAUGGGGGAUCCUGAAAUAGACUAAGACUCCAGACUCAUGAUUGCUCUUGGUCUUUUCCUGUUGGGAAGAUAAUACCUAUAACAUUAUGUAUUUCAUGUACAAUACAGGCUUUUGUUCUCUGUGGGCUGUACUUACUGUAUAGUUAUUAUAGUAAAUAAAUUAAUCUUAAAGCUUA